UGGUUAUAUUAGUACUUAUAGAGAGAACAAAUAAACUAGUCAGUAGAUUAGUAAUUAAUGAUAAUGGCUAAGUUUACAGAGGAACAGGAGACACAAUGGAAGUCCACAAAGACCAUUGGGAUUAUUGGACUCGGUGAUAUGGGAUUACUUUAUGCUCGAAGAUUUAGUGAAGCAGGUUGGAAAGUAGUAGGAUGUGAUAGAGAAGAUAUAUUUAGUAGUACUAGUGAAAAAUUUAGUAAUGAAAAGUUUCAAGUAUUAAAAAAUGGUCAUUUUGUAUCUCGGAUAUCUGAUUAUAUUAUUUAUAGUGUAGAAGCUGAAAAUAUUGCAAAAAUAGUAUCAUUAUAUGGUCCAUCAACAAAAUUUGGUGCUAUAGUUGGAGGACAAACAUCAUGUAAAGAACCAGAAAUAGCUGCAUUUGAAUCUAUAUUACCUCAAGAUAUUGAAAUAAUUUCAGUUCAUUCAUUACAUGGACCUAAAGUAAGUACUACAGGUCAACCAUUAGUAUUAAUUCAACAUCGAGCAUCAAAUGAAAGUUUUAAAUUUGUUGAAUGUUUAGUAUCAUGUUUAAAUUCUAAACAUGUUUAUCUUUCAGCUAAACAACAUGAUAAGAUUACUGCCGAUACUCAAGCUGUAACUCAUGCUGCAUUUCUUUCUAUGGGGGUUGCAUGGAAAUCUAAUAAUCAAUAUCCUUGGGAAACUCCUAAAUGGAUUGGAGGAAUUGAAAAUGCUAAAAUUAAUAUUUCAUUAAGAAUUUAUUCUAAUAAAUGGCAUGUUUAUGCUGGACUUUCAAUAACAAAUCCAUCUGCUCAUGAUCAAGUAUUACAAUAUUCUAAAUCAACUACAGAAUUAUUUCGUUUAAUGAUUGAAGGAAAGAAGAGUGAAUUAAAAGAUAGAUUAACUAAAGCUAAAAGUUUUGUAUUUCAUCAUAUUCAAGAAGAUCAUGAUUUAUUAUUAGAUGAUGAUAUAUUACAAAAAUAUAGUUUAAGUAAAGUUCCACCUGGUGGUAGACAACCUAAUUCUCAUUUAUCAUUAUUAGCUAUAGUUGAUAGUUGGUUUAAUUUAGGGAUUGUACCUUAUGAUCAUAUAAUUUGUUCAACUCCAUUAUUUAGAAUCUUUUUAGGAGUUACUGAAUAUUUAUUUUGUACACCAGGAUUACUUGAUGAAUGUAUUGAAGUUGCAGUUGAUGAUGUAUCAUUUAGAGAAGAUGAUUUAGAAUUUACAAUUGCUGCUAGAAAUUGGGCUAGUAUAAUUGGGUUUGGGAAUUUUCAAUUAUAUCAACAAGAAUUUGAAAGAACUCAACGAUUCUUUCAACCAAUGUUUUCUGAAGCUAAUGCAAUUGGGAAUGAAAUGAUUAAAACUAUUUUAGAGAGGGUUAAAGAACGAGAAAGUUAAUUCUAUGAAUAUUAAUUUUGAGUUAAAUAGUAUAUAAAUAUAG